AAUGAGCGUCAAGCGUCAGCGUGAAAAGGCACCUUUAGGGUGCGGUCCCAUGGACUGAUAUUUUCCGCGUAACGCGUAUCGCGUAACCAAUCAGAAACGUUCCGCGUUUUCUGUUACGCUCGUUUUCAAAAGUUGCGUAGUACGCGAGUUUGCGCGACUUAUGUGAGCGUGGUAUGGCGUGGUACUCAGGCGACAUGGAGGCAUCUCAAAUAAAAUGUGGUUAUUGUAGUUGGCUGCUAGCAUAUCAUUGUAAAAAUAUAUUGGAACAUGAAUGUUUUAAAGAAUACAAUGAAAAUGUUCAUGCUUUGAACAUCGACGAAAAUAAUGUAGCUACUAUUGUGAACAAAUUUGAUGAAGAUGACCUAUUGUCUCAAGAUACAGACUGCAAUGAACUAUCAUCUCAGAGUUUAAAUACAGACUUUGAUGAACGUUUAAUAACGGCAGUACUAGAUAGACCACCAUUAUAUGAUCAUCGAUUAAAUGUUGAAGAAAGAUCUAAACUAAAAAAGGCAGCAUUGUGGGAGGAAGUAAGAAAUGCCAUUAAUAGUAACAUUAGUACAAAAGAAUUACAAAAGAAAUGGAAGUAUCAUCGUGAUUGUUAUAUUCGCGCAAGAAAAAAAGGAAAACAGUAUGUUCCAAGUGGAUCUAGUGCAGCUUCAACAGAUGUAAGAAGUACUUAUAGAUUUUUUGAUCUAAUGAGACCCUUGGACGAUACAUUUCAGACUACAUCAACAAUAAGCACAUUGAUAAAGAGCACACCUGAAAAAAUAUCUGUAAAGGAAAAAGAAAAAAGAAGUAAGGACUUAUCCGAUUGUUCAGAUGUUGAGUCAGAAAUAUGUUCUGAACCGUCAACUUCAUUUCAAAAUUUUGAUAAUACUUCAUCAUUAACUUCAACAUCAACUUCAUCAGCUAAAAAACAACGAAGGAUUAAUCACAAGGGUGAUCAAUCACAACAGUUACAAAGUGCUUUAUUAGAUAUUAUAAAGAUGCUUAUUACAGAAGUUGAUCCUGUUGAUGGAUUUUUAAAAACUUUAGGAGAAACUUUACAUCGUUUGUCAUAUAAAAAGAGAGUUAUGAUGCAAAUUGAAUUUCUUAAAAUGGCUACAGCAGCAGAGUUUGAAAACAAUGAAGAAAUUUAAUAGCAUACGUUAUUAAAGAUAUUGAAGAAAGUAAAAAGUGAUUAAAAAUAUUAAUAAGUUAUUAAAGUCAUUAAAAAGAUUAAUAAGUUAUUAAAAGUUAUUAAAGUUAUUUAAAAAAAGAAUUAAAAUAUUAAGUAUAUAAAAUAUAAAGAGAAAUAGUACUGUUUCGAGUUAAAGGGAAUUUCCGAGUGCGGAAAUUCUCCAGCUGACGUCGGGACCGGGAGGGGGAUGGCGUUCUUUAAAAAAAAAAUAACGACGUCAUUCUAACUGCUUUUUGUCUCGAGACUCUUGAUCAGCGUAGGCGAUGAAGCAUCGCUAGAUUCUUUUUUUUUUUCCUUAUCAUUCAUUCCUUUAUUGAUCGGCAAUGUGUCAACAGACGAAGCGUCUGAUCCGCGAAUCAUUAAAUCAGUAAUAUUUACAUUGUCUAGUGUGUUGAUUUGAUUCAUUCUCAUUUCUAUCAAACCUAAUUAAAGGGAAGUAAAGCUUGCGAAUCGCAAGAUUAGUGGUUUCACAUCAAAAACGAGAUAAAUCAAAAGAAGCGAUUACGCAUAGCUAUAUCUCAUUGUCUCACAAGGAGAAUUGACCGAGACGCUUCAACGGCGGCGUCCUUUUCCAUCUCACCCCAACUCGUGCGAAGCGCUACGACGAAUUUCAAUCCUUCGCUCCCGAAAGACGAAUCCUUCGACAUAAAAAAGGCAAAUCUAUCAUCCUGUUGGGCUUGCGAAGCGCAGAGCCGCAUCUUCAAUUUUUAUUGCUAUUCCUACAGGUAUCGUUCAUAACUUUAAGGAAACACUCAUACUCCCGCGGGCUAGCAUCGGUGAUCGGCAUCAUGCAAAGUUCACACCGUAUCGAUUCUCUUUAAUCUGAAUUAAGAGACGAAAUAUUAUUGAUUUAAUAUUGAAUGAAUACGCAUCAAGUGGAAUUUACAUUCGUAAAUAAUACAAGGAUAGUUUCUACACAUGAUUUUGUUUGAACAUUUUAUUAAUGUUUCGUUUCAUCGUAUUCCUUUUCAGUGAAUGUUCAUAAAGUUGUUUAUUAAUUCUAUUUUUAUAAAAUCAUGAUUAAUUUGACUUCCAUUUUUUAAAUAAUUACCUGUUUCUACUUCAAAUUUGUUUCAAUGUCCUAUUUUAAUAGUACAAUAAUUAAAGAAUAAUUGAUUGGAAAUUAUUGUAAUUUAGAUUAAAAAUAAAUAUAAAUCCUUCAAAUUAUUCCAGAUGGUUUCCCUUUGCAUGACCUACCACAAUAUUUAUCGAUACGCAUUUUAUUUAGGCUAAAUGAAUUCAGUAAAUUUUUUAGCAUACAAGUAAACAAACAAGUACAAAGAAAAUAUUAAGUUAUGAAAAAGAAUAAUUUAAGUUUUACCAAAGAGUAUUGUUAACUGUGAUAGAUUUGUUAAUAACAAAUUGUUGCAAUUUUAUAAUACUGUACUACUGAGCAAUACCUUUUUAUAAGGAAAAUAAGUUUUAUUUUGUAUUGACUCAAAUAUGAAAUUAUAUUAUAUUAUAUUUUUAUUUAAACUGUAUUAUAUACAAUAACAGUUGUAUAUAGAAACUAUAAAAUAAAAGUUUAAUGUUGAGAUACAUCAAAUUUUGUGUAAACUAUACAUUAUUGUAAUUAUAUGUUAUUGUUUAAUAUAUUUAAAUUCUUAUAUACUAUA